UCUGGUGCAGAAUAUGCAGGUGUCCCAGAUCCCAGCAGUGAUCAGCACAGAGGGCAGCACAGUCACCUUACAGUGUCACUAUACACUCAGCAGCACUGAGAAUGUGACCUUCGGCUGGUACAAUUGGUACAGACAUGUGCCGGGGGGGGCUGAGGUCUCUAAUGAUAAUGACAAUUUUACAGGCAGAGUCUCCAGAGCAUCUCAGAGUGAAUUUUUCAAUAACAGAUCAGCCAACAUCCAGCUGCACAGAGUGCAAUCCUCAGACACUGGAAUGUACAUCUGUGAAGUUACAUUUGUGCUCAGUCAGACUCUACAAGGACAUGGGAAUGGGACGUUCCUUAAUGUGACAGCUGAUGUGACAGAUUCAGCAUCAGCAAGUAUUUCACACAGAUUUUUCGCUAUUCAUCAUUAUGUUGGAGCAGUAGUUCUGGGUUUACUCAUGUUGUUUGCACUUUAUCUGAACUGCCAAGAACAUAAGCAGAUUUUUAAAGAAGAAGAAAUAACUAAGAAGCAAACAGACAAGGAUCCCACCGACUGUUAUACAGAACAACCUGAAGAGCAAAGUGUAUACAGCAUUGUUAAUGAUUGUUAAGGGACCUUAAACAGAGAUUUUUUAUACAUUGGGGUGCAUAUGAGAAGUAGGUUUAACAAAACCUA